GCCCACUGAGUAGGAACUUUGAGGAGAUUCAGGUACUUGCUUGACCACUGAAGGCCAAUUUCGAAAUUUUACAGCGCCACUAUGAGGAUUUUGGACACGUGCUGCCCCUUAGCUCUAGCUUUUGCCGCGUGUUUACACCAUCGACUCCAGCUGUUCUUUCUCACGCAAGUCUCAUCUUACCAUCUUUACCACCGACUACCUCUGCUCUUUGGGGAAAACUUCAAAUUCCUCCUGCUUUGGUCCAUCUCUUUUCCUUUUCUUUCUCGCUGUUAGGGUUUGUUGUGUCAGUCUGCUGGGCUAUCCGGUUAGUUUACUUGCCGCUAGGAGUACCGACGCUUCAAAAAAUUUACAUUAAUGGAUCAUCGACAAUCAAAAAGUAGUUCUCGCUCAACGAACGAAGCUGAUGAUAAAAAUACCAAACACCGUAAAAUAGAUGAUUGUGUAACAAUGACUCAAAAGGAAAAAAGGUUGUUGCAACGCCGCCUCAAAUAUCGACAAGCAGCAACCAAUCGCCUUCUUGCAAAUAUAAAUCAUGUCAAUCCCAUUAAAUCAAUAUUUCAAAUCCAGGAUGAUUUUACGGUCGGAGUCUCUUGUUCUACUUCAGAAACAGUUACAGAGCGAUCAACUAUUCCUUCAUUGGAUGUCUCUGACAAAGGAAAAGAUCUGCUUGAUCCUUUUCAUGUUUUUGAAAAAGGUUCAACUUCGGGUACCGCAAAUGAAUCACGUACUCCAACCUUUGGAACAAUCAUAACUAACGGUCGUAUAGAGAAUAAGAAAAGUAUGACUAAUCUUAAUCGACUACGCUCAGAAUAUGUUCCAUUAAAGAAAGUUCCACACUGUACAUUCUGCUAUGCAAAAAAAUUUCAGUAUGAAUCACCUGGAUUUUGUUGUAAUAAUGGUACAGUCAAGUUUACCACUCACCGAAUGCCAGUUAGGUUGAGAAAUUUAUAUCUAGGAAAUGACGCAGAAAGCAAGCACUUUCAAACGUACAUUAGAACAUAUAACAAUCUAUUUGCAUUUACUUCACUUGGUGUCAGUUAUGAUAAAGAUUUAGCCAAAAGAAACCGUGGUAUCUACACGUUCAGAGUUCAAGGGCAGAUGUAUCAUCUGAUAGAUGAUUUAUAUCCCAGAGAAAAAAGGCCGAGAAAUUUGCAAUUGUACUUUUAUGAUAAUGCAAAUGAGGUUGGAAAUAGAAUGGCUUGCUCCGAUAAAAUAAACGAAUCGAUAGUCAAGGACUUGAUGGACAUACUAAAAGAUAAUCCCUACUCUAUAUUUCUUCGAUCUUUAACAGACAUUCCAAAUUUGCAAAACUUUCAUAUAACAUUAAAAUGUGAUGCGGGAUUGGAUCAACGUGUAUACAAUCUGCCUACUACGACUGAGAUUGCUGCAAUAUGGGUUGAUGAAAAUGAUAGUCGUGCUACUCAUGCACCGCAUGUUCAAAUUUAUACUCAAAGCGACAAAACACACAGAGUAAAUUAUUAUUUUGGAUGCUAUGAUCCUUUACAAUAUCCAUUGUUAUUUCCACAUGGUCAAGGUGGGUGGCACUGUGGUAUUAAGAAGUUUCACGGGGCAAAAAAUUUUCCUAGAGAUCAUACUUUAUUUGAAUUUGAACACUUGCCGAAUGUAAAGAAUUUUACCUCCGUUGAUGGAUAUCUCGAUAUGGAAGCUCAAAAUCUACAAAAAGGAAAACGCAAAAGAGAUGCAGUUUCGGUUCGUGAAUACUAUUGUUACAAACUCCAAAUGAGAAAUGAUGAUGAAGAUGAAAUUCUACAUACAGGAAGACUAUUUCAGCAGUAUUCAGUUGAUGAAUAUAUAAAAUUGGAGACUCAAAGAUUGGAUUUUGUUACAUUCAAUCAAGAUUUGUUUAGAAUGAGUAUGUUGCAAGGACUUCUCGACAUUUUAAGACUUGGUGAACGAGAUGCUUCUAACGUUGGAAAACAAACAUUUUUGCCUAAUUCCUUUGUAGGAGGCCCUAGAGAUAUGCGCCAACGAUAUAUGGAUGCUAUUGCAUUAGUACAAUCUUUUGGGAAACCUGAUUUGUUUAUAACUAUGACAUGCAAUCCAUCUUGGAUGGAAAUAGAGGAACAUUUAUCAUCAAGUGAUGAGGCGCAAAAUAGACCUGAUUUGAUUAGCCGGGUGUUCAGAGCCAAAAUAGAAGAGUCGAAGACGGAUAUAUUAAAGAGAAAUAUCUUUGGGAAAGUUACCGCUUUUAUGUACACUGUUGAGUUUUAGAAACGAGGUUUACCCCAUGCUCAUUUUCUUAUUAUAUUAAGUAAUGAGCAUAAAUUGUUGACUGCUGAGGCAUACGAUGAUAUAAUUAAAGCAGAAUUACCAGACGAUAAUGCAGAACCAAAUUUGCGUAAACUUGUUCUUAAGCAUAUGAUGCACGAUCCUUGUGGUAAUUUAGAUCUGACAAAUUCUUGUAUGAACAAAAAGGGUUGUUGUAAGUUCAAAUAUCCAAAAGAUUUUGCUGAUCAAACAUUAAAAGGAAAUGAUUCUUAUCCAAGUUAUAGAAGACGGAAUACAGGAGAAGUUGUACAAGUGAGAAAAAAAUAUUUAGACAACUCUUGGGUUGUUCCGUACAAUCCAUAUUUACUUGGAAAAUUUAACUGUCACAUAAAUAUCGAAGUUUGUUCAAACAUCAAAGUCAUGAAAUAUCUUUACAAAUACAUUUGUAAAGGACAUGACAAAAUAGCAUUUUCUGUACAGAAUAAUGAUACAAAUAUAGAGAUAGAUGAAGUCAAAGAGUAUCAGUCUGCUAGAUGGGUAUCACCUCCAGAAGCUAUAUGGCGUCUCUUUGGUUUUCCUAUUAGUGAAAUGUCGCCGAAUGUCUAUCGUCUUCAACUACAUCUUGAAGGCCAGCAAUUUGUUUCUUUUAAAAGCAAUAUUGAUAUAAAUACGAUUGUGAAUAAUCCAAUGAUAAAAAAAACAAUGUUAACAGAAUUCUUCUACAUGAACGAAACUGAUGAAGAUGCUAAAGAGCUCAAUUUAUUGUACAAAGAAUUUUCUGAAUACUUUGUGUGGUCCUCUACUGAUAAAUUUUGGGCACGUCGAAAACAACGUUCUGCUAUUGGUCGCAUUGUAACGUGUCACAACAGAAGGAGAACGAUAUUAUCUAAGGUUACUACUAUUGCAUGUGCGAGGACCUACAUCUUAUAAGGAUCUUUUGACAGUAAAUGGGGAACCUUGUAGUACUUUUAGAGAUUCCGUGGAAAAAAGAGGAUUGUUACACUGUGAUAACAGUUUGAUAGAAUGCAUGUCUGAAGCUGCAAAUUAUCAAAUGCCAUAUAGUUUAAGGCGUUUGUUUGCUACUUUAUUAGUAUAUUGUAAUCCUACUAAUCCAAGAAAAUUAUGGGAGCAAUUUGAAGAGUCAAUGAUCGAAGACUAUAAAGUGUUACAAAAUAUAGAAAGAAGAGAAAUUCGAUAUCAAGCUCUGAAUAAUAUCAACGAUAUUUUAUAUUUUAUGGGUCAUGAUAUAAAUGAGUAUGAACUCAUCCCAGAAACUAUCAAGCCUUCUACAGCAGCAAAUGAAGCAAAAGAGGUUCAUUUUGAAAGAUCUAUUAUUGUCCGUGAAGAUGACGUGUUGUUGCAUACGAGAUUAAACAAAGAUCAGCUGAUAGCAUAUAACAUGAUUAUUGAUAGAGUAUUUUCAAAUAAAGCCGGCGCAUUUUUUAUCGAUGGUCCUGGAGGAACUGGAAAAACUUUUUUAUAUCGUGCUUUACUAGCAACUCUACGGUCCAUGGGAUACAUAGCUUUGGCCACAGCUACCUCUGGUGUCGCUGCUUCUACUCUCCCGGGUGGACGCACUGCACAUUCUCGCUUUAAAAUUCCCAUUGAUAUUGAUGAAAAUAGUACCUGUAACUUUAGUAAACAAAGUUCACUUGCAAGUCUAAUUCGAGAUGCAAAGUUGAUUGUGUGGGAUGAAGUAUCUAUGGCAAAUAAACGAAUGUUGGAAGUCUUUGAUUUGCUUUUACAAGAUCUCACAAAUACAAAUAUUUUAUUUGGUGGAAAAGUUGUCGUUUUAGGGGGUGAUUUUAGACAAACUCUUCCCGUUGUCAGAAAUGGAAAGAAGGAAGAUUUCAUUAAUGAAAGUUUGUUAUAUUCUAGUAUCUGGAAUGAACUUGAAAAAUUACACCUCUCAGAGAACAUGAGAGCUAAAACAGAUCCUGCAUUUUGUGCUUACUUGAUGAGUAUUGGAAAUGGACAAGAACAAGCUAGCUCAACAAACAUGAUUAAAUUUCCGGAUUCUUUAGUCAUUCCUUUUACAACCGAACGUGAAUCUUUACAUAAAUUAUUCAGAGAGACAUAUCCAAGUUUGAAUUGCUUCAACUCUAAUUCAUUCUGUACAGAUUCCCGUGUAAUUUUGACAACAAAAAAUGAUUUUGUCAAUGAAAUAAAUGACAUGCUUAUUGAUCAAUUCCCCGGAGAAGUAAGAACAUUUAUCGGCAUUGAUGAGACUACUGAACUAAAUAAUCAAACACAAUUUGAAGAUUUAUUGCACAGUUUAAUCCACCUAGCUUGCCUCCUUAUAAAUUAUCUUUGAAAGAAAAUUGCCCGAUUAUGCUAUUACGAAAUUUAAAUCCUUAUGAAGGUUUAUGCAAUGGCACACGAUUAACCUGCUGCGAUUUUAAAACACAUAUUAUAAGUGCUAAGAUAACUACAGGUGAUUUCAAAAAUACACAUGUAUUUAUACCAAGAAUACCAUUAUUAUCAUCACAAGAUGAAAAGAUGCAUGUUCCAUUUAAAAGAACACAAUUUCCAAUUAGAUUAUGCUUUGCUAUGACCAUAAAUAAAGCACAAGGUCAAACUUUGGAUUUCGUUGGAAUUUAUUUGCGGGAACCUGUAUUUUCACAUGGUCAACUUUAUGUUGCCUUAUCAAGAGCAAAAAGUUCAGCCUAUUUGAAAUUGUUGAUUCGACCACCUACACCAACUAGCCAUGAUGAUCAUUCUACCUGCAACAUAGUUUAUGACAAGAUUAUUCAGAAAGCAACGGGGUAAUGCUUCUGCUGUCAGGUGAUUUCAUAAGUUAUUUGUUAUUCUUUUACCUUAUUAUCCUAUAUUUGGUCAUAAGUGCGCAUUAUGAGCUUUCACUAUUUUGUUCUUAUGAUGAAGUUUUAGUUUCUAACAGAUGAUCGACUAUUGAACUAGGAAUAACGACUAAUCAAACUUUUUCCUAUAACAUUUCUCCAUAUUUCUCUACACUGUCUCCCCUUUUCUUUUGGUGAUAUCAUCUUUCUCAUUGUUGCUCUGAUAUUAUUCUUUUUUGCAUCAUUUGAUCUCAUUUAACUUUAAGGUCUCCUCUUCACUGACAAUUGCAGGAUCCAAAGGGAGUAAAUAUGUGUUGUAUUCGAGCAAAGAGGAAUAUCUUACAUGCAUAUAGGCUUCCAAAGACUUGUUACAGGUGCUCUGCGGUAUACAUUGGAUGAUGUGCCGAAGCACAAACAAUAACGUAAAAAGGAUACACAACGCAGUGUAAUUAAACACUUGAUUCAAGGAGCUAAAACCACUAUAAUCUGCACUUUCUUGUAUUUCCAUAUCUGUCGCAGAACCAGCUUGCUCAGGAGAAAAAUAGGUACAAUAUUCAUCUAGCUUUUAUAGCUGCACAAGGGAAUUCCUUGAUUGUGUCUGACUAUGGCCAGGAUGCUUUAGCUCCUGAAAGAAAGAAGGCAAAAAUGCUCAAUUUUUUAGCUGCGUACGACAGAACUAUCAGAACUACUGUUAGACUUGCCGCCAAAUAGAAGGAAGCUAACGAAACACUUGAUCUAUAGUAUCAAAUUUGAAAUACGCGAGUUCGGACUUGUUCACACACUUUUAGGACGGGCACGCUGGAUCCCAUCAAUAAAAUAUGCAGCUGGAUGCGUGAAAGGUUACAUAGUAUGAGCCUCUAUAAAUACUCCAGCGCAGAAGUGUUGCCGUUGUCACUAUGUGCGCCAUGUUCGAGAUAUCAAACAAUGCAAAACUAGAGGAGCUUUGAUGGAAAUUGUAUUUACAGGCUUGUGAAGGUGCUACUGGAAAGCUAUAAGUUUUUGUGUUACAUAUGAAUUAGAAAUAGAGGGAUUAGAAAAAACAUCAUUUAUGUAGUAGCUAUCUAUGGUCUCCUGUUACUCUCUAACAUUUUAGUAACAGAUCUGUAUCUUCUCUUUCUCUUCUAAACACAAACUCACCUUCUUGCUAACGACAGUACAACUUUGUUCA